GACUGGAAUGGCAGAAGAGAAAGGUACACCGAUUCGUCGCCCUUUUGACAGAUCCCACGCCUGCACUCUUAAGAUGCAGACGGUUGUGCUUCGUCGGGCAUUGAUGUCGUCAUCCCUGCGCAUGAGAAGGGUGAGCACAUGCUGAGCUGCUCCUGCAGAUCUCGCACAUCGACUUCCUCUCCUCUACUUUUGGUCGCAGAUCACGCCACGCUGGCUGCUGCACUUGCAUCCGUCCAGCGGCAUCUGCCAGAAGCCAGGCGCAUCGUCAUCGUCUCAAAGGUGAGAGUAUGGCACCGCAGGAAGCACACGAACACUUUGGCAUACACAUCUCGUCGUUGUGUGCAGGAGCCCUUCGAUGGAGCAGCAGCCCUUCGGCUGUGUGAGUGGUUCCCUGAAGGCGAGUUCACUUCCUAGUACGCAUGGUGAAACGACACGCCAUCCUUAUCCACGGCAGAGUGCUCAUGCACAUGGGUGUCUGAUUGCCCUGUGUGUCAGUUUCUGUCAACACGUCACCAGCUCGAAUGGCGCCUUCGCGUGCGACGGAUGGGUGCUGCAGCAGCUGAUCAAGCUGUACUGCUUCAGAGUCAUCCCAGGGCUGCGGGACCAUGUUCUCGUCAUGGAUGGUACGAAUCAGCAGCGGGGGAAGGGAGAAGAGAGGAGGACGCUCGCCAUGCAUCUUAUUGUGUCUGUGUUGCCGUCCUUCAGCCGAUCUCAUCUGGCUGCGUCAUGUGACCUUUCUUCAUUCGGCGACCACCAAUGCGCCGGCCUCUUCCCAGCCGUCGAGUGUGCAGGGGUGCGUCUUCUCACUCGCCGAGCAAGACGUGCCACACGUCCGCUCGCGGGUCGACCUUCACCGCUAUGACGACUUCAUAGAACGGUUCAUUCCAAACCAGCCCAUCAGGUAUCGUCUCUGGCCCAGCGUGAGUCGCUCUUGGAACACUUAAGUGGUUCUCCUCUCUCUGUUUGUGGUGUGAUGGCCACAGGAAACGUCACCCGAGGGCGGAAACAGCCGUGGUGCACCACUGCCUUUUCCAGCGGCACGUUGUGGAAUCGCUCCUGACAACAGUGGAGGCCGCCUAUGCUGAGCAGGUGAUGAGUGGACGAUGCGAAAGCUCAUGGCCUGCAUGUUGCUCGUGUCAUGAUGCAGGGCUCUCCCCAGCGCUUCUUUGAAGCCUUUCUGGCGUCAAGCGUCGAGCUGGGGUGGGCGAGUAAGGUCGAAAGCCGUGUGUGGAAUUGGCAGUCCUUGUGUGGGUCGUUUAUGCAGAGGAAGAGUGAGCGAGUACGAGCUCUACGUCAGCUUUGCGCGUCAGUUCUUCUCGGAAUCGAUCAAGGUGGGCGACGCGGCAGGCAGCAUGACCACAUCGCACCAUGGCACGUUGCUCACUGCUCUGCUCCGGUUGUGUGAGUGCAGGAGCGUCCGCUGUCGCUUUAUGUUGUCCAAGACUGGAGCGGUGCCUUGGGCGACCCCCCUCCUGGUGUCGAUUCCAUCGUCUCACACUCACACCUGAGGUAUCGUAUCGGUACACAAACAAGUGCACAACCAGCCAUCAGCCUGGCAGUGCCUUGCCCGUGUGCGAAUGACUCUGUCUGUCCGUGUAGGGGCCUGUCACCGCACGAGCUCCUGAAUCGGGAGGGGAUCCUUGGCAGCGCCUCGGGCAGCAGAGGGCCGGACGGCAGCGAUGUCUUGAGGCAGCAGCAGAUGCGUGGCUGGGCCACGCGACAGUUUGCCCGCCGCAUGGCAUCCAUCAAUGCAGCUGACAGGGGCGAUAGCGGGGGGAUGACGCUUUACUUGUCUAACUUGCUUGCUGCGGUAGAGAAGGCGACGUGAGCGUGACUGACUGAGGCGCCGUGCAAUGCAG